CGACGGAGAAUGCCGAAUCUUUGUUUUGACUUUGGUUAUGCUUCGACAAGCUUCGGCCGUCCGGGUAGAGCUAGGGGAGGGCUGCGCGGAGGCGUAAAGACGAAGCAAGCCUCGAGAAACUUCGGGAUACAUCGUUAAAACUAAUUUAAAACCGCCUUAAAAACAACACACUUAAAUAUCAAACUUUUAUAUCAAGUUCAUUUUCUUACAAAUAGUAAUUAGCGCAACAACUUGGUCACAUGUAGCUAUCUUUAGUUUUUUACUGUUGACAUUUUGGGUUUUGUUUUAAUUGAUGUUAUAAAGCGAUAGACGUUGCUUUUUAAAUAAAGCCUGAGGCGCUUUGUAAUUGUAGCAUCGCGCUGUGAAUCUAGAAGGUGUCGCUCUGCGGCUUAUAGACACUGUACCGCUCUACAGAAAAUGAACAAUUUCCAUACAUAUGAAUAAAAAUUAAAAAUGCAUUAGACACUGCACCUGCCCCGUGUAAGAUAAGCACAGAGACACAUGCGCGUAGUACCAGAGAAAGUGAAACUAACCCAGUAUACGUGUGUUAUCGGUUGCUUUGGACUCAGCGGGGAAAACCAGACUGGGUCUGCGGCAGAACAGUGUUCGCUCUCUCUCUCUCUCUCUCAUCACAGCCCCUCGCAAACCCAGGCUCUGCACAAUGCCAGAGAUCUCCACUGUUUGCAAACUGGCCUUUAUUGCGCUGAUAUGCAGCAGCUAUAUGGCCCCUCCUGUUCUCAGCGUGUGCCCCGUGCUUGACUGCUGGUAUGUGAAGGAAAAGCCGGGCAGCUUCCCCUCCGCCAUGACGCAGGAGAAAUCCCUCCUGUACAUCAGAACCAGCGCCGACCAGACCGGGCCGGAGCAGAACCACCCCGUUGACAUCGACCCCAAGAGGGUCUACCACGUCUCAGACCCGGCCGGGCCCCUGUGCAGUUCCUCUCUGCUGACGGUAGAGGGCGCUGUGGAGAAGCCGCAGUGUGAGAUUAACCCCUUCACUCCUCAGCCCGCCCAUGUGGACUGGAGCCUCUCUCUGACCAGCGGCGGGGUCAGCCCAGCCCGCCUGGGAGCUGAUUGGCUCUCCACCUCCAUCACCGCCCACAAAGGGGACAUAGGUGUGUCCAGCAUCUUGAGGGUUCCCACGGCAACCGGGCAGGCCACAGCGGUUCUCAGUGUGUUCUCUCACACCCCGGUCCUGCGCUCUCGUCUCGGGCGGGCGGCUCGUCUGGACUGUGGGUUCUCGGUGCUGCCGGGCUGGCAGGAGCCUGGUUCUGGGUUUGCGGUGGAGUGGCGGUACCAGUUCCGUGGGGAGGGCCGGCUGGUCUAUGCGUACAACGGACAGACAGACAGACUGGAGGAGCGCAGCGCCCAGCAGGAAGAGGCGAGCAUGGACUUAGAGGCGCUGCACCAGACAGGAAACGCAUCACUGCUGCUGCACAAUGUAGACGUGCACCAUGGGGGCACAUACAUCUGCACUGUGUACCUGCCCUACAUCCUGGCACAGGUAGCAAUGGAGCUGGAGGUCAUAGAGCCCCCACGCCUCUCCCUCUUCCCCUCCCCUCUCUGGUCCCCCCCCGGCCGCCCGGUCCAGCUGUCCUGUGAGAUGUCGGGGUUCUACCCCUUGGAUGUGGGGGUGCAGUGGCUGUGGAGGCCUGCAGGGGGCGCCGGGGUGCGCUACCUCCCGGAGGCUCAGCUCUCCGGACACACCCAGAACCCCGACGGGACCUACACCCAGACCAGCUUCCUGAGAGUCACCCCGGAGUCAGGGGACCACCAGGGCCAGUACUCCUGCAUAGCGACUCACCUGGGGGCCAGCUACAGGAAGACAGUGACCCUGCACAUCGCAGGUGCGUCGGGCCCCUCUAUUGAGGAUGCGAUCGGUUUGUUUGUUGUAGCGUUUCUUCUGUACGGGCUCCUGAAGCUGGGGAGCUGGCUGUUCUGUGUUAAAGCUUGUCCUGCAGUUGAAAUAGACAAGCAGAAGGCAGAGUGAGUCGGAGUGUCUUCCCCUGUGCAGCAGAGUGUCCUGGUGGCUGAAGUUGUUCCAUUUCUGAAGUUUUGGGCUGAAGAAGAAUUCAGUUUGUUUUUUUCUUUUUCUUUAGAAAGAAAGCCUGCUAUUUGCUUUAGUGUCGGUAAUAGGGAUUGGGCAGUUCAGCUUUGCACUGUGUGUGUGUGCUAGUCAGCGUGUCUGUAUGUAUGUGUGUGUGCCCAUGUGAUUGUGUUUGUGUGUGUGUGUGUGUGCCCGUGUGAUUGUGUUUGUGUGUGUGUGUGUGUGCCCAUGUGAUUGUGUUUGUGUGUGUGUGUGUGUGCCCGUAUGAUUGUUUGUGUGUGUGUGUGGGUGCCUGUGGGUGUGAUUGUGUGUGUGUAUGAGUGUGUGCCUGUGUGAUUGUGUUUGUGUGUGUGUGUGUGUGCCCGUAUGAUUGUUUGUGUGUGUGUGUGUGUGCCUGUGUGUGUGAUUGUGUGUGUGUAUGAGUGUGUGCCUGUGUGAUUGUGUGUGUGUAUGAGUGUGUGCCUGUGUGAUUGUGUGUAUGUAAGUUUUUCUAUAGAAAGAAAUACGUGCCUAGAAAAAUCUGUACACAUGAUAUUGUUUGUUAAGAUGUUAAUUCUACUGGUAUUGUAUAAAGAAACAUAUAUGUAUAUAUUGAACUCUCCCAGCAAAUCAAGACACCCGGGUUUAAAAGGCAGCAAACCAGCAUACUGUUCAUUAUUUAUUAAGAGAGUCUUCUCAUUAAUACCAGACAUCUGUGCACUUGAACCUCCUGUGAUAUGAGACGUUUUAUCACUGAUACAAGCUAACAGUGAAUCUGACUCUUGUGGUAAAGACACACAGACAGACAGACCAUUCGGAACUCACACACGCACACACAGACACACACACGGAACUCACACACGCACACACAGACACACACACAGACUCAACGCUAUUUCAGAUCUGCUCUACAAUCAAUAACACUGCUGCAGAAAGGUGUCUUCACAUUUAGAACUGUGGGCUUAUUUUUUGUCGCUAGUUUUAAAUUGAAAAAAAAAAUCUGUUUGAGAAAUUUAAAAAAAAUUGUCAACAUUGUUAAGCUUUACUUGCUAAUAAAACACAUUUUGUAAAA